UAUAUAGAUAUACACUCGCAGCUCUCGUUUCCGAGAAAGUGGCGCUCUGGGUUGAUGCAUGACGUCAGCUAUCCUGCAACUGCUGCUUCAAAUAUCACCAUAUAAUAGAUGAUAUUUACGAGAGUAUAACGACAAUACAAAUCGAGCUAGUAAGCAGAGAGUGUUGCCAUUAACGACAACGAAAAGAAAUGUUGUUGCAGUACACAAAAAUAAAGAUAAAAUAUGUGAAGAAUUUAAAGUGAAUUUGUAAUUCAGUGUUGGUAGCACUGAUCGAUUGAUCGCACGUAUCUUACUCAGAAUCUAUGUGAUAUAUAUUUAUUUCUGAUCUCGACGGGCGAAUGUAAACAGAUUUUUUAUGAAAUAUCAAGUGACACGGGUAAUUCACGAGUUGCGCUAUAUACGAAAUGAAUGAAUCGCAUAAAGAAAUCGAGUCGCAGCCCUUUAGAAAUAAUAUUUGGCACUCGAGAGGACGUGAUAAGCUUUCCCUAUGAAUGGGUCGUGCGCGGUUCUCUGUAGUGAAGUUUAGUGCGGAGUGGAGGAAGUCCUAGAAUUCAUGGAAGUGCAAUGGGAGCUACUCUGAAUUUCGUCGUUUGCUCGUUGAGGGAUUCAAAGAUGAUUAAGAAUUGAGCAUCGGCGGAUGCAGAUACAUGGAAGCAGUGCGAUAGAAAUCGAGACAGAGGUUGAGAUUGAAAGAGAACGAGAGAGAGCGAGAUGGAUGUUCAAGCAAGGCAUAUGUGUGGAUUGAUUUGAGCAUGUCGGUGCGUUCGUGCGUGUUGCGUCUCAUGAGAAAGGAACAAGUAUUUGGAUGGAAGUCAUAUGUGAAACAAGCUGAUCGGCAUGCGACAUGCCAGCGCCUAGAAUGCGACCGAAAAGACUCUCUGGAAAAAUACAAGAAUUCUCACGGACGAAUCCAGGGACUGUUUUAGUGCAUGAAAUAAAAAAUAUUAGGACAUACGAGUGUAGUAUGCUUGAAUCGCGUGUGUCGUUUAAUAAUGGCGAUUCCCCAAUUGCGCGUCAGAGUCUAAGUCAUCUGCGUUAUGCAGAAAGGCUCGCUGUCAAGAAGGCAAAUGAAUUGCGGCUCGACACGUUACAUGGCAGUUUGCGGGCCACGUUUUGUGACAAAAGGCGUAACGAACGUUGCUCUACCUUAAUAGAAGAAAAUGAUCGUUGCCCUAUACGCGAUUCCCAAGACGAUCGGCAUAACCAACGCAACAUUAUGUACCAAUAUCAUUAUUCGCUGCUGACCGAUACGAGUGAGAACUGUAAAUUAGUGACUAAUUGUUCCCGCGAGAAAGCGGAGCAUCUCGGAGACAAGGCACGAUGGCGAAAAGUUUUCAAGCUAGUAUCUCCAAGUCAGUGUCUUUGGCGAGAUCACUUCAUAUUUCUGAUACUCGCCACUUUGCUUUGUGGAUGCUACGCAGCUAAUCCUAAUCAGUGUGCGGUUGGACUCAAAACUCCCGGAAGAACAUGGCCCCAAGGUGACAUCGUCUUAGAGUAUGGACAAUCUUUGACAAUUCUCUGCAUGCUGAACAAGACAUUUAUAGACGGCUACUUUCCUGGGAAGAAUGCCUCGGAUUUGGUAUUCUUUAGAAACAAGAAAGAAAUGGAACCAGAGUACAUAAGCAUCCUCAACGAGACAACGAUUUCCUUGUACGUGGAGAAGCCACCACCCGCCGAAGAUAUGUAUUAUUGUAAACUGAGGCUGAACAGCAAGGAGAAGCUUCACGAAGCUGUAUGCCUGAACAAAGUCGUCAUAGGAUUCAAACCGCAGGAGCCACAAAACUUCAGCUGUGUUUCCUACAAUUGGGAGAGCAUGAAAUGUUCUUGGGUUCCGGUACAGAAUUACAUAACCACGAGAUUCUCUCUCGUUUUUAAAUUGCCCGGACGAGCUGGUGGACGAAAACUAUAUCCUUGUCCUAAAGAGACUCAGACAGCCAAUACGUGUCUCUGGGAUACUUCGACAAAUCCAAUCUACAGACAGCCAUAUGAGUACUAUACGUUUAUACUUAAUGUGGAAAACGUAUUGGGAAGUAUCAACGUCUCUAAUAGGGUUCAUCAUUACGCGCAUGUAAUACCAGCUAAACCAGCGAAUCUAACGGUCAUCAAUAAAACAUCAGAUAGCGCAUUAUUACACUGGAGCGUACCGUUUCCUAUGGGACAUUUUCCGCCUGGACUGCAUCACAGAGUCACUUAUCAGAAUAAAUGGGAUCGCCUAAAGGCUUGGCAGAUUAUUAAUAUAACUAGUGACAUUCACUUGCACAAGAGAUACUUUAAUCUGACAGGACUUCGGUAUGCGAAUACGGCCUAUGACGUUAGAGUUUUUCUAAAGAGUGCAUUGGCGAUAGGAGAAGACAAAUGGAGUAAAUUUAGUGUGAUAACGUUUAGAACGUCCCCGAAGUUGCCUGGUCUUUCACCGCGGAUCGACAUUGGUAGCUUCGAACUCGUUGAAAAUAACGGAAACCGUGAUGUUUUUCUAUAUUGGCAAGCGAUUCCACCGUAUUUGGAGAAUGGCGAAAAUUUCAAAUAUCAGAUAUCACACGUAGAAGAGAAUGGGCGCAAAGUAGAUCUAUCGCCAAUUGAAAUAACGAGAACCUAUGCGAAAUUUAAAGAAAUUCGAUUCAAUAAUUAUCGAUUUGAAAUCGUCACUGCAAAUGAAGUUGGUGCUAAUAAAGAAGGAGCAAUGAUUUUUGUUCCCAGUCAAAACGAAAUUCCACAUGAGCCAAUCGCAUUCACUAAAAUUGCUUUCGAGGGAGGUCUUUAUGAACUCUCAUGGAAGCCCCCUAAUAUAAACGCAGAAAUCACGAAUUACACAAUUUUCUGGUGUGAAGAUCAUCGCGAUCGACCUUAUCAAUGCGCAGGUUACCUAGAUUGGGUACACGUGCACAGGAAUACAACUGUCUAUAAUAUGACUGUACCAGAUCCACUAAAGGUUUAUCAAUUCGCGAUAUCUGCGAAUACAGAGAGAGCAAGUAGUGGUAUGGUAUGGGCUUCGUGUACAGUAAUACACAGUAAGGUUGUGGGUAAGAUGAAAUCUGUCUGGAUAAAUCGCAUUGGCUCAUCUUUCAUCGAAGUCGGAUGGAAAUUGGAGUGUUCCGAUCGAAUUGGUAUUGUUGAGGGAUUCAAUAUUUAUUACUGUCCCAUUAUGUCACCUUACAACUUGAAUUGCAAGGGUCCCAAAAUGAAUACAACUAUCAAAGGUGAUCCUCAUACGAUUCAUGGCUUAGUGACCGGCUUAAAACCAUAUACAACCUAUAUGCUCGCUGUGGCGGUAUUAACAAAAACUGGAGAAGGUCUGCACAGUGAUCCUUUAUAUAAUACGACAAUGGAGGCGAGUCCAGCGAGUCCGCCCCAGGAUGUAAAAAUUAUGAAUGUUACGAAUUCCACGAUGUAUAUUACUUGGAAGAGGCCGGAUGCUAUGAAUGGCGUAUUACGUUACUAUGAGGUCUAUUACAAUUCUUCCUCGCGGCAAGUCGAGGAAGCUGAUUAUGUUACCCUCGAAAAUCUCAAAGCUCAUGAGUAUUAUAAUAUCAGCGUGGCUGCGUGUACCAUCUCGUGUAGCGCUAGAUCACCGCCGAUUUAUACGGUUACGGAUAUUGGAACUCCUGGAAUGAUUAACGUGCCCAAUAUAAGAUUUAUGAAUUCCAGUCAAGUGUCAGUUCUGUGGAAUAGACCCGAACAUCCUGCAGGACCUGUGGAUUAUUAUCAGAUAUGGUCGAAUGACGGUGAAAUUCAAAACAGUACAAAAACAGAUACCGAGAUACCUGUUCCUGACUGCGUAACGUUUGGCCGCAAAAGACUGCAUCAAUUUCGUGUACGGGCUGUAAAUAUUGCAGGCAAUAAUACUCAUUUGAAAGGUCCUUGGUCUCUUCCUGGAGAAGGCAGCUGCUACUUUGGCGGGCCAACGCUUACAGUUAUUAUUAUAAUUGGGGUUAUUGGUGGAUUCAGCUUGAUAGUUUUCCUUAUUUGUUUGACGUACAUGUUUAAGAGAAUGUGGAGAAGAUGUAAAGAUAUGCAGGACGUGGAAGUGAAGCUGCCGCCAGGACUCGCACCGAACAUGAAGCUGCUCCAGAAGGUCGGUGAACAGCAUACUCGUCAAUUGUCGGCGGAUUCGAGCGGAUGUUCCAGCGGUCAGGAGUCGGUGACUUCGUCUCUGACAUCAGAUUCCCAUGUAUCGACCGAUAGUGGCGCAGACGUCGACCCUGCACCUGUGUCGCCUAAUAAACUACUGGAAUCGCCGCCUACUUGGGAAUCGUCAAGUCUGCGGCAGCGUAAUGUCACUACUUCGAGACCCGCCAUCAUGAUGGAAUCCGCACGGUGGGAUCCUUAUGUUAAAGUCGCCAAGUCGAGUGAUCCUGUACUCGCGGACAGUCUUUCCUUGGCUCGCUCAACUCCCAACUUGACAGAUAGUACUGGCUACACGGCGUCUCAGCAGACUUGGUCGUCAACUGGGUACAUCAGCAUGCCCUCUUACGAAGAACUCUCCAGCAAUCCAAGUCCAGUUCCUAAGGAGAGCCUCAAAGUGGGUGGUUACAGCAUAGUGGGAAUAGCUCCAGUAGAAUCGGUACACUCCAAGCCUGGAGACGAUACCGACGCGGGCAAUUCUCUUAAGGGUAACUUGCUAGCCAUCAGCAAGGAGGAUUACAAUCCUAUAUAUCCCUACAUUAGCUUAUCCUCACUGGAUCAGAAACCAAAGCCGACAACAAUGGAUGCUUUCCGUGAUCUGGAAGACCUUGCUUUCGCCAAGGUAUCUUCCAAGAGCAGCCUCGAGGAUUUGGCACCUUUCUCGAUAUCCGACAAGCUCUCACCACCGAUACCUCAACUCUCAAAAUCUUACGUCCAGACAGGCCUGCUCGACACCACUACUAAGCCACUUUCCACGAGUACUUUAAUAGAACCUACACAAAGUCAAAUAACGAAGGCGUCUGCUCUGGUGCCGAUGUCACUUGCGGAUACGAGAAACCUGUCCCUCGUCUCCACAUUAUCCAGCUCUACACCGUUAACACAAUCCUUUGUGAAUUCGUCCACGAAACAGCAGCCUUACGUAAUGAUAGCGUCGAUCCCUGACGUCAAGUGUAAAACUGCGAUUGGUUCACAUACCCUUAAGUCGCAACAGACGCAGCCGUCUCAAAAGCCAUACGUACCUGUCAGUAGUAACACGUCAGAAAGUAUAGGCAAACCUUAUGUUUCAGCACCUACAGUUUUUCAAAUGCUUCAGCAACAGCAACAGCAACAGCAACACCCUCAUCAUCAUCAUCAGCAGCAGCAGCAGCAGCAGCAGCAGCAGCAGCAACAGAUAGAAAAGACAGAGGAAGAAAAUAUUUCCGAUGUGGACGACAGUGAAAUCGAGGAUGUAACACUACCAAGUGAUUCUUCGUAUUCUUUCUGCUGGGAGAAGGGUCAGCCGGAACUCGGUGAGAAUUUAGUUGCGGGUUUAGAGAACCUUCAAGUUCCUGUUAGCAAGCAGAGCUCCGGUUACGUGACAAUCGCGGAGAAUCCCAAGUUAGAAUCGCAACAGACAUCUAUGAAAAUUUCCUCGCCAUACAUGCAGCAUCAACGAGUUGAGAAAGGAGUGCCACAGCCGAGUUUACCAGAGUCCCAAUCGGCCGAUGAACAAUAUAGUAAAGUGACAGUUGUACCAACUACGAUACAGUAAAGAAUCUGAAUCCUUUUACUUGUGAGAAACGUAGCUAAAAGGCCGUUACGUUACCGAGAUUGCUAUAAUCUGCUGCCAUCCUCAUAUUUUCACCUUGUCAUCAUCCUCAUCUUUAUAGUCGUCAUCUUCAUGCUUAAAGGUAAAUUAUAGUAAGUGAAAAUCUGAGAAGUGCUACGAACUAAUUCUCAUGUGAGUUUGCCAUAAUGUGAAAAAGAAAAUGGAUGCAACGAUGUUGGCUCACGGUGUCAUACGAUGUUUCAUCUUGGUCAUUGACACGGUGAAACGCUUCUUUUCGAAAAGUUUCUAUUAAAGCGUCAUAAUUUUUGAAUUUUCGUAGAGCCUACGACUAGAUUAGAAACAAAAACUAUACGCGAAGGUUUAACGAUAAGGUCCGAGGGUAACUAAAUGGACGCUAGGCGUCUUUGUUUGUUAAAGAAAGUAUGUACAAAAGGAAAAAUGAUUGUAUCACAUAGUGUACGAUGCGAAGAGAUAAAUAGUAUGAUUUUAGGAGUAAUAUUAAGUUAGGUUAGGUAAAGUUAAGUAAGUUAUAUUGGGCGCGCCCAACGACAAUCGAAGGAACAAUUUUGAGAAAUGAAAUGAAUGAAAUGAAUUUUGAAAAAGUGAGCGCUCGGCCUAACGGAAUAUUCGUCUCUAGCCAAUUGUAAUAUUAUAAUUAUCCUCCUUAGUUCGUCCUUCUAAUUCGGUUCGUCAUGUUUUUGGCAAUUUUAAUUUUUCUAAAUCUUUCAAAUAUUCGAAUUCUUCCGCAAAGGUUCAUCCUGAACGCUGCGUACUGUAGUCAAGUAUGUUUGAAAUUGAAGGAGUUUGAAAAGCCUUGCAUCUAAUGGAAGUGCAAUCACCUUUCGUGUCUUGGACUUUUCAUUUCUUCGCGGUCUAAAAUUCAACUCGUGUCUAUUUAAGUAUUCCUUAAAUUUUCAUUUACACUAAUGAAGUUAUCAUUGGAGCAAUUCCCUCUCUUUUCUGUACAUAGAAAUAGAAUUGUUUCACGUUGUUGUGUCCUGAAAUUUAUCACUGUACAUCUCUUUUCUCUUAAAUAGGAAAAGUUAGUUUUUAUUAGCUUUUCUUGGACCAUCAUUAAAGGGCGCCCAGGAUUGUCAUGAACAAAAGUAAAUUCACGUCUUAUUGGGCAAUAUGUCACCGACGUAUCUUACGUCUAAAAUAUAAGACGACGAAGAUAGUCAAGGCAUCAACCUUCAUUUAAAUCUAAGUCUAAUCCUAACCGACUUGUUAGAUUUUUUAAAUUUAAUUCGCACGCUUGGAGAACCGUUUUGGAGGAUAGAGGGAGUAAUCUUAGGAGACGAUACUGUCCAUACGGUUGAAUAUCUAUAUAUAUUUAAAAAAAAAAGCAACAAUGAAUCAUCUAAUGCCAUUACGACAUUUUUCUUUUUUGCGGUACCAAUGGCUGAAAGGCUAGACCUACGCAUAUGCCCAUAGGAAGGUCUGCUACUUGCUGUGCCACUAUGGAUAUAUGUACGCGCGGGUACGUGCAUAAUAUCAUAAGCUAGUCAUUGAAACGAUAUACACGAGUCUACGCGAUAGACCUUUUUUUCUUUUACUCGUAUCAGCAACUGCUGAUGCCUCUUACAUUAUUGCCAUUGAUUAGUCCUUUGUGAUACUUGAACAAUUUAUUUUCUAUUCUUUUCCUCCUUUUAAUAUUUCUACACGUCCAACAGAGAUUUGUAUGUUUAUACGUGUCCACUAACUUGUAUAAAACGUAUGCUAGAGAUAGAGCUGAUAUUCAUGAAAGGUCACAUUUCCUGCAUCUACAUUGUAAUUGGAUUCUAAUGACUGCAGAUAUCGUGCACGUUGUCAGGCAGCACAAUGACAAUCUGAACGAAGGGCUAAUCUUCUGUUUUUAAAAAAAAAAAGGUCUGGAGCUUUGACAACGUUAAUUGUUCUGCAAGUUCUCAUCAUGGCUCAUCGCGACACAAUGGGCGACAAUAAUGGUUGACUACAAAAGUUGACUUUGAAAUGAAAAUGAGGAAUGUGCGAGACGUCGCUUUAGACAUACGCGUAGGCGUAAGAAUCAAAUGAGACUAUUUUUAGCGAUGAACCUGGAAAAAUCGAUUAUUCUCUGCUGCGAUGUGGACUUGCUAUCUUUGCGUACUGGACUCGUCGAAGUCUGGCGAAUGUCACGUGACUUUCGUAGGACUCGUUGCCCGAAGGAAAUAUGAAAUGAGAGUAGUGAGAGAGAGAGAGAGAGAGAGAGAGAGAGAGAAGAGCGAGCUUACGUGUACUCGGUAAAUAAAUAUUACUGUUAUGGAGAAGAAAAAUCGCCAAUAUUUAAUGUGUAUUUUGUAGUACGGAAUUGCUACCUGGUUUUUACACGUGCGCAUAGUGACUCCUGUGCGAAUUGAGGUGGCGCUUAUUAUUCGAGAAAAUUGAACGUGGCAACGAUAUAAGGGCAGUUUCUCUAUGAAGGAAUUUUGUAAUGGAAGGAUAACGGCCUUAGUCGCACAGAAAUCACGGUCGCUUUAAAUGAUACUAUAAGGUUAACUAAACAUAUAUAAUUUUUACGUUUUACAUACCUCCCACUGUACAUACGCCUAUCAUUAUCUAUUUUUGUUAUGUAUUUAUAAAUGAAAAAGAAAUACUUUAUCGCACGCGAGAAACACCUUAGGUUACAUUUUUAAGAGAAAAUUAUUAAUUUAGAUUAAAUAUUAUGAUUAUCGCUGAGUUAUAUGUCUGAAUGUAAGACAUAUUACUGUUGCACUAUAUUACACAAUUUAUAAUUCUAUUAACUGAUUUUUUGCCUUAUUAGAGAAGUAGUGAGGCAGGAAAUUAAUUUGCCUUCACCUAUGAUUUUUAUGUAAUCAAACAAUUUUUGUAACUUAGUUGAUUAGUGGAUAUAUUUGGAGUCGCGUCUUAUCGCGAUGCUUAUCUAAUUUUGAUGUUAUUCUCUUUGAAAAUCGGUAUCGGUAUCAGGAGCUAGCUCAGCGUACUUCGUAAGGGAGUCUCGGGAAUGGCACAAACUGACUAAACUAUAUAAUAAUUAUUCGUAUUAUUAUUAUUAUUAUUAUUAUUAUUAUUAUUAUUAUUAUUAUUAUUAGUUUAAUAAUAAGUGGUGUUCGAAUGCGCCAUUCGUCCAUGAACAAUCAAUGCAGUGUGAAAUUCAAUCAAAAUCCAAAAUUGCCGUCUGACCUUCUAUGGCGAUCCAGCUAUAAUGUAAUUUUCAGAUAAUACGACGAGACAAUUUUUUGGAAUCUUAAACUGUGGAAUCUUAGAAAAAACGAACUGCAGGACUUCUGCUAGAUCUUUACUACCUAUAGUCGGUUUACAGGUUCAAUGUGUUCAAUGUAUGAUAGUUCGCAAAGAAUGCAAUCCUCAGCAAAUUACACGUGGCUUUCAAUAAGAUGAUAGAAAUAUAUGUACAAAAAUAAAAAAGUAAAGUAUAUAUCAGUGCAAAGCCGUGCAAAUUUAUGCUACCAAACAGAAAUUGUAUGCAGAGCCAUGCGUAACUUGCCCCAGGGACUUUAUUGUUUUUUAUCUGUCAAGAAAACACAUUGAACUCGCGGACCGAGUUUAUACUAGAAAAACAAGGAAGAAGAAAAAAAGAACUACCUAAUGCAAUCAGUGUGCAAUGACUCGUGGAGCAAAUGAUUUACGUGCGUGUGCGUGUUGUAACAGAGAUUCUUUUACCAUUUAGAUAUUUAUACAGCCUAUAGGCGGGAUGAAGGGAAGCAAAAGUGAAAGUUGAAAUUACGAAAAAAUAAGACAGGAAGAAAAAAAUAGGUUCGUUCCGAGCUCCCAAUUGGUGCUGUUUUAAUGUGUGGGCGAGAUUGGUUUUAUCUCACGACCGGUUUCUCGACAAAAUAUUAACAUUUUUCGCAGAUUCCUUUUCUGUCGACACGUGGCUUGCAAGUUAUGUUAUAAAACGUUCGCUGGCACCUAUUGCUAUUACAGUAGUACGAAAAUUAUAACAAGUAUAACAUAUUAAUACCGAGCUACUGUUUACUAAUUCUAAUCAAGAACCUUGUACAGAUUAUUGUAAAAUAUAUUUUUACUACUUUUUUUUUUGUUUUAUUAUUUAUACCGUACCGGCUACGGUACCUAAGACUAUCAGGUCCAGAGGUAUCGAUAUGUUCGAACCGAAGCACCCUGUAUCAUAUACGUUAAUAUGCCGUCUUUGUUUCAUUAUGGCUAGCUUGAUCGUUAAUGAUUCUUGAACAUUACUUAUUGAUUGGUCCACUAGUUAUCUUGCGACCCGCAUCCCAAUUCAUCUACGAUUCCAUGAGGGUCAAUACAGAAAAAAAAAAUGGGUUCCCGAAUCUUAUGGUCCGAUGAUUUUAUUGAUUGGUUGAUCUGUGUGUAUCGUGGGAACGUUAGGAGAAUCUAAAAUUUUCAAAGCCGACAUUGAAUCCAGAUUGUUAAGCGUCGCUGCUUCUUUGAGAACGCACGCGCGCGCUCUAUCGUUAGUCUAAUUUCUCUAAUUGAGUCUAAUUGAGAUGUUGCGAAUGACUGUAUUGUAAAUGCGACGUAUGGUUUUGAUGUCGUAUAUAACUUUCUAUGGCAGUUGUAUGUACUGUACCAGCCUCAAAAGGAGCAUCGGGCUUACAUGUAAUUUACCUUUAGUGCUGUAUCGUUGCCCAUCGACGCAUGUCAAAUAAAAGACGCGCAAUAAUUUUUA